UGUGACGUUGAGCAUGUAUAUAUAGUACACAAUAUUUAGAGACGAAAGAACAGUUUCUUAAAGAUACUGGAGCCAUGAAGUCGUUUGUAGCUAUCGUUCUUAUAAUUUGUCUUUGGGCAGUCGCAAAUGCCAGCUAUGAUAAUGCCCCAAAAUACAAUGCCUUUGGUUAUGCUGCCGCAAAGCUCACUGGCAGACACUGUCCUCCCGGAUGGCUCCAGUACCACCAGAGCUGUUACUACUUCAGCAGAGACAGGCUGAGCUGGUGGCAGGCUUCGAUGAAAUGUGCUUCUAUGGGAGGAUUCCUGUGUAACAUUGAUGAAGCUCACGAGAACACUUACAUCAGACAUCACCUUUCUAUGUACCAAGCUGUCCAUGCCAGCUAUGAUAAUGCCCCCAAAUACAGUGCCUUUGGUUAUGCUGCCGCAAAGCUCACUGGCAGACACUGUCCUCCCGGAUGGCUUCAGUACCACCAGAGCUGUUACUACUUCAGCAGAGACAGGAUGAGUUGGUGGCAGGCUUCGAUGAAAUGUGCUUCAAUGGGAGGAUUUUUGUGCAACAUUGAUGAAGCUCACGAGAACACUUACAUCCGACAUCACCUGUCUAUGUACCAAGUAUCCCCUGGGGCGUGGUUCGGUUUGAACGACUGUUUGUAUCCCAACGUCCACAGAUGGGGCUGGGGAUUCUCCAACAAACGAUGCCACAAGUUUGACUGGUAUGCUGGCGAGCCUGUGUACCAUCAGAAAGGAGACUAUAACUGUGGUAUCUUCUGGAGCAGCUACAAAUAUCACUGGCAUGUCGAUAGCUGUGCACAGAGAAACUACUACGUGUGUGAAAUGAAGAUGGGCAAACCCUGCAAGUGUCAAUACUAACAUUCGAAAUAAAUAUUCAAUUCUGAAAAUCUA